CAGUGUUACUGCCAAAAAGACGAUUUAAUUCUCACUGACAUACUAAGAUAUGGAAUUGUCAGAUGACAUAGCAAUGAUACCUUGCCCAGACCCGUACCACUGUCCUUGUCAUAUGGAGACCUUGACCUGGAUUGAUCAAUUGUUUGUCUACAAAGAACAACAUCUGGACGAAUGUUUUAAUGAAGUUUGCUGUGGAAUAAACUCUAACAACAGAUAUAAGGUGAAGGAUGACAUCGGGAACAAUGUUUUUAGUAUUCUUGAGGACAGCGAUUAUUGUAGCAGGCAACUCAAUAGAGAAUUCAUAAUGAAUGUUAUUAAUCACUCAAAUCAAGAGAUCAUCAGACUGGUCCACCCGUAUGCUUGCAGCACCUUCAGUCAUGAGCUGGAAGUUCAGUCUCCACCAGGCGUUGCCAUUGGACAUGUUCGGCAAAACUGGCAUGUUUGCCUACCUAAAUUGACUGUUGAGAAUGAACGAGGUGAACCGGCAUUUAAGAUUGUGGGGCCUUGUGUGGCCUUCUUCACAGAUGAGAACUUUGAGCUGGUGUCUUUGAAUGGGGCAGCGAUAGACAGACCAUUUGGCAAGAUCUUCAAACCCUUCUCAUGCUGUGGACUAAAUGCAGGUGCAGAUUUUGUAGUGAGGUUUCCAAGCAACCUGGAUUUCAAAAUGAAAGCUACACUAUUGGGGGCCUGCAUACUUAUUGACUUCAUUUAUUAUGAUAAGCCAAAAAACCCGGUAAACUUUGUGGUAAAUCUGUUCAACGUAGAUUGUCUCAGGUUACGUAUGUAACCAUAGUUCCCUGAGAAAGGGAAAGAGACGCUGCGUCCGAUAGGUUCGCUUUGGGAACAGCCCGAGCGUGAUUGCAUCUGAUGCACAUCUGUCAACUAGUCCAAUGGCGAGAGUGAACGUCACGGGCGGGUGAUGUCACGACCAGGAAAGGAUAAAUACAGAUCCAGUGAGACCGGCUUUGGCUCAAACUGCUGAAGCAAAUCGAUCACAGGGAUGCAGGGAGUAUGGCAAAGUGACACAGCGUCUCAUUCCCUUUCUCAGGGAACUAUGGUUACAUACGUAACCUGAGAUGUUCCCUUUUGAGGGAACUCGUGCUGUGUCCGAUCGAUAGGAUCGCUUUGGGAAUGAUAUACUAAAACGGCAUAAUCACAAAUACCUGUCUGUGUAAAACUGUGGCACACUUAAGACAGCAAAACCGAUGAUCCUGGAGCCACGUCCAGGUCAAGGUCAUAGUACCUCACAAAUGGGAGAGGCGAGGACCAACAGGCCGCAUCGCAGAUCUCUUUGAGGGAAACCCCCGAAAUUAAGGCCUUGGAGGCCACCAUACUCCUAGUCGAGUGAGCCCUGACAGCUAAUGGACACUGCUGGCCUGAGACCUCGUAGGCGAGUGAAAUAGCCUCAACUAUCCACUUGCUUACAGUGUGUUUGGAUGCAGGACGAUCCCUGUUAUGUGGUCCAAAGCACACAAAUAACUGGUCUGCUUUCCUCCACAGGGCAGCUCUGUGGACAUAUGUGUCAUAUGUGGACACAGAAGAUUCAGUUUCUCCUGGUCUGGGGUUACAAAUGGAGGAGGACAAAAGGCUUGCAGCACUAUAGGCCUAGGAACGUUAGUCAAAACCUUUGGAAUAUAUCCAGGUUUAGGAUAAAGGAAGGCUUUGACCACCCCCAGUGCAAAUUCAAGACAAGUUGGGCACACUGAAAGGGCCUGAAGGUAUCCUACUCUCUUAAGGGAUGAGAUGGCAAGAAGGAAGACAGUCUUAAGUGUCAGGAACUUAUCUGAGACUGACUCAAGUGGCUCAAAUGGAGCUGUAGAUAGGCCAAUAGCCAAAUCCCAAGCAGGGACCCUAGUGCGCAUCACAGGCCUCAGCCUCUGGGUGCCACGGAGGAAACAAAUAACUAAUGGGUUUUUCCCCACAGUAAUACCAUCCACAUGGGCAUGGUAAGCAGAGAUAUUUGAAACAUACACCUUAAGUGUAGAUGGGGUUAACCCAGAAGAGAAGCGACUCUGUAGAAACUCAAGUACUGAACCAAUCGGGCAGUAGACUGGAUCCAACUGUCGUUUGUGACACCAGGAAGUGAAAAGUGAAAAGGAGCUCUGGAGUGAAGAAUGGUCUCUACAACCUCAGUUGAGAGACCAGAUUCUAUGAGUUGGGCCCCCUCAGAGGCCAAACCCACAGGUUCCACAUUUCUGGACGGGGAUGAUGAAUCAUGCCCCCCGCCUGAGACAGGAGGUCCCUCCUGAUCGGAAUCUUCCAAGGUGAGCCAUUGAGAAGAGCUAUCAGGUCCGAAAACCAUAUCCAGCUCGGCCAGUGAGUUGCUACUAGCAGUAGACUUAUCCCUUUCUGGCAAAUUUUCUCCAGAACCCCCAGGAGCAGAACAACUGGGGGAAAUGCAUACAGACGCAGCCUUGGCCACGUCUGUACCAUGGCAUCCAGUCCAAGAGGAGCUGGGUUUGUGAGGGAGAACCAAAUUGGACAGUGCAUCGUAUCCUGAGACGCGAACAGAUCCACUUCCGCUUGGCCAUAAAUCUCCCAUAUGAUCUUCACCACAUCUGGGUAAAGUCUCCAUUCCCUUGGCCUCAGCCCCUGCCUCGACAGGAUCUCUGCUCCUAUAUUCUGUGUCCCUGGAAUAUAGAUUGCUCUCAAGGAGCAAUCUAUAUUCCAGCAAACCUGUCUAUUUAUAUAAGAGACCACUGAUAAGAGACCACUGAUGUGUUGUUUGUCCUGACAAGCACAUGAUGGCCCCUCAGGUCUGGAAGGAAGAACUUCAAUGCAUUGAAGACCGCCAUCAUCACCAGGCAAUUUAUGUGCCACGAGAGCUGAUGACUCUUCCACAGACCCUGAGCUAAGUGGCCUUCCAUUACCGCUCCCCAGCCUGUGAGAGAAGCGCCUGUCGUCAGAGUGACACAACGACACUGAGCUCCUAACACAGGGCCCUGGGACAGGAACCAGUUUUUCUUCCAUAUGAACAAGGCAUGGAGACAGUGCCAUGUGAUCUUGAUCAUACGAAGUGGGUUGUCCCUCGGGGAAAACCCUUUGGUCCUGAGCAACCACCGUAAGUGUCUCAUGUACAGUAGGCCAAAAGGUAUCACAAUGGAUGCUGCUGCCAUCAGACCCAACAGUCUCUGAAACUGUAUUACAGUGUGUGACUGGCCUAGCUUCAAUUCUUGUACGGCUGAUAGAAAAGCAGUGAUGUGAACUGGUGAGAGACAUGCUCGCAUUGUCACUAAAUCCCAAACCACACCAAGAAAAGUGGUCCUCUGUCGUGGAGUAAGCACGCUUUUCUUGGCAUUCAGUCUUAACCCCAAUUUCUGAAUAUGGGUGAGAACGACAUCUCGAUGCUGAACCGCCAUCUCCUCUGACCGUGCUAAUAUUAACCAGUCGUCGAUAUAAUUCAGGAUGCGCAUGCCCUGCAGCCUGAGCGGGGCCAGCGCUGCAUCUACGUAUUUCGUGAAUGUGCAGGGUGAAAGAGCUAGGCCGAACGGAAGAACCCGAAAUUGGUACGCAGUGCCCCCGAAAGCUAACCUCAGGAACUUCCUGUGCUGUGGAAGGAUGGAGACAUGGAAGUAUGCGUCCUUGAGAUCUAUUGUGACAAACCAAUCCUCAGUUUUGAUUUAAGUCACGAUUUGACUUAUCAUCAGCAUCUUGAAUUUUAGCUUUCGUACUGCUCGAUUCAGAUGAUGUAGAUCUAAAAUAUGGCGCAACCCCCCAUUUUUUUCUGGAACCAAGAAAUACCGGCUGUAAAACCCCGACUCCCUGUCGGCAACCGGAACCCUCUCAAUAGCCUCUUUUGCUAAUAAAGGUUUUUAUUUCUUGCUCCAACACCAGAGCCUGCUAUGGAAGUACUGUUGUUUGCAGCACUCCUUUGAAUAGAGGUGGGCUGCACCAAAACUGGAUUUUAUAACUUUUCUCUAUAAUUUGCAGGACCCAACGUGAGAUAUUUUGAAGAGAUUUCCACUCUAUCAGAAAAUCUACCAAGGGAACCAGCCUCUCGAGGCUGGCCUCUGGUUUAUUGUUUACAGCACAUUGUAAAUUUACAGCACAUUGUAAAUGUAAAUUUAUCCUCCUCAGAGGAUGUGAAUGUGACGCAGCGUCAUGUUGUUCUGAGCUCUGCAUCACUAAUUUGCUGGGAACCUCUGUGCCCUGAAGCACCAGAGAUGGCGGGGCUGGCAGAACGGCCUCCUGAGGGCCCACAAGGUGGGACGGGCACCAUAUACUGAGGUGAGUACCACACCACCCCGUGUGGGGCUGCUCUCAGAAGUCUGACACCACUGGCAUCAGGACUUCUUCUGUCUUCGGCUUAGGAGGCUUGGGCUGAGAGUGCCUUCCCGGCCCACCAUGUCUUUGAGGUGAAGCACGAGAGGCAACAUUCUCCUUUUGCUGUGCUCUGUAUGAGGAGCUAUACGGCUGGGGUUACUCACGCCCAGCAACCCCAGAGGAUGGAAGGCGGCAUGGUAAAUACUUUUUGAAUGCCUCCGCCUGCUUCUUAGCCUCCUGGAACCUGUCGACGACUGAUGUGACAGCAUCGCCGAACAGGCCAGAUGGCGCAAGUGGGGCGUCCAGGAAAAAGGCCCUGUCUUUAUCCUUUAACUCCCUCGGGUCGGCGGUCACACCGGCGUGAUCACCGCGUUUUUUUUCUAACCGGUGUGAAAGAGACUCAAAAUACUCUGUCAAUGUUGCACAUACAAUUAAGAGUUAUACACCAUUUUAA